GGGCAACGAUCUCUUUGGUAAAAACAUAGAAUUAUCAAUCAAAUGUCGAUUUCACCUCUUUGUUGCGCAAUGGGUAUUGUCCUAUGUGACGGUAGCGCUCCGUAUAUUAAUAAUAAUUAUUAAAUUUUUAUCAAACCUACUUUAUAAAACACUGCAGAGUGCUGUACUUAAAUUGUUAAAACCCUAUGAACAAUGUUCUUUGUGCCAAGUGUCAACAUAUAACUUUUUUAAACUUAAUUUGUCUCCAGUGAAAACAAAACUACUAACAAGUUAGAAUGCAAGAAAAAUUGUCUAUUAAAUCAGAACUGACUAAUAGCCAAUUAGUAGCACAACACCCAAAAAUGAAGAAUGAUGAAGGAUUUUCAAGAAAUACUAGUUUUUCUUCUAUGAAUUUUGAUAUUUGCAGAAUAUGCCAUUGUGAAGGUGAUAUUGAUAUGCCUUUAAUAGCUCCAUGUUAUUGUGCUGGCUCAUUAAGAUAUGUUCAUCAAGUUUGCCUACAGCAGUGGAUUAAAUCUUCUAAUAUUCGAUGCUGUGAACUAUGUAAAUUUCAAUUUAUCAUGCAAACUAAAACUAAACCAUUUAGUCAGUGGGAACAUUUAGAAAUGUCUGGUAUGGAACGUAAAAAACUUGUCUGUGCAAUGUUAUUUCAUAUUAUUGCAAUGACCUGUGUAUGUUGGUCAUUAUAUGUACUUAUGGACCGUACUUUAGAGGAAGUUGAACGCGGUCUAUUAGAAUGGCCUUUUUGGACAAAGCUUAUUGUUGUUGGUAUUGGUUUUACCGGUGGAGUAGUUUUCAUGUAUAUUCAAUGUAAAUCAUAUUUUAUGUUAUGUCAAAGAUGGAAAGCUUACAAUAGAGUAAUUUAUGUUCAAAAUGCUCCUGAAAAACCACAAAAGAAUCAAAAUGUACUGAUUGACAUAGCUGAAAGUAGCUCAAUGGAGACCAAUGCUGCUAUGGCAGUUGCACCAUUUAAAACUCCACUUGAACAAAAUGAUGAAACAAGUAUUGAUAUUAAGAAUGUACGUAACGUUCAUAUAUUUUUUAACAAUGAAGACAAUCCAAUAAGAUUUCAAGAAGUUGACAAUCGCGAGUCAGAUGAUGUUGAUAAAGUUAUUCCAAAUGAUUCUGGUACAUCAUGGCAUAUCCAAAUAGGAAAAAAUCUAGGUGAAAAUUCUGAAGUUGAAUCUAGUCAGUCUACAGUUUGUCAAAAUAGUCAAUCAGAUCCAUCAUUUUUAAAAUUACAAAUAAAAACUGCUGAAAUAGUGAUCAAAUUUGGACAAAAUGAUCCUGUGUUAAAUGAAAAUGAGUUAGAUUCAAAAAAUUUAAACAUUAAUAUAGAAGAUUCAAAAUUUAAAAAUGAAAAUAAUCCUGAUAGUACUACAAAUCCAGUUCAAAUUAGAUUAGAUUUUGCCAGAGAUAAGAUUUAUGAAGAAAUAGAAGAAGGUCAUGGUUCACCCUCCCAGUCACCAUUGCUAUCAACGAGACGACUCUCUAAUUACAGAGAUGAAAAAUAAUUUUAUUAAUAUUUUUCCCUAUAAGCUAAUCUGUGAUUUUACAGAAAAUAAUACAUCAUUCAUUUUAUUUUCUUCUCUUUUGUUAUUCUUAUUAUUUUUAAUUGACAAGUUUAUAUUCUAUGAGCGUAUGUUAAAAAUUCAUAAUUUUUUUAUGUUAAUAUUUUAUAUACUUAUGUGUAAUGUGAGUUGUAAAUUGCAUUUUUAUUUAAAAGCUCAAUAUUUUAUUACAAUUAUAGUGUUGGUAUGAAUGUACUAUAAUUAAUUUAAAUUUAUAUAAACUUUGACCAACAAGACUGAUAUUAGUAUAUUUUAUUUACAAAAUAUUACAUUUUUUUUGUAAUUGUAUAAAUAUAUUCAUUGCUUAAAGUAAGUUUUUUGUAUCUCCUAAUCCAGUGACUUUAAGAAUAGUUUUUAUUAUUAUAUACUUUAAAAGUAGUUAUUUGAUUAGUUUAAAUCAAAAUAUAUGACUAUUAAAAAAUACUGUAUUACCUCUAUAUAUUAUUUUAUUUCAG